GUGCACAGUGGCCCGCCAGGUUCUUGAACUUGCUUGACGAUCUGUUUCCAUGCCAGGUGGGGACCGGGGUAUCGCCGGUCGGCAGGAGACGUCGUCACACCUCGCUCAUCCUCCGCGUCGUCAAGACGUUUCCAUUGCUCACCGCUGCCAUCACACCACGAACACACAAUUCUCUCCUCACUCGUUCAGAAAUUCACUCACGUUAGUCUUUCCCCACGCUCUCGAGAUUCGCGCGAAAAGGACUCACCUCGUUCGAACAUCCAAGACAAACGCACGUAUUCCGUACAUCGUCGCGUCGAUCGUUAGAAACGGACAUCGAUGCUAUCGAUCAACAUGCGAAUCUUCAAAACAGUGCUGCUGCUCGCCGUGUUCUGCUGCGACAGAAUCGGCCAGUGUUCACCGAUCGCGAACGAGACGUCGAUCCCGAUGGCUACAUCGCCUCCCCACGACGCCACGGUAGAUCAUUACGAUCAACGACAGAACGGAAGUGAGAAUUUCCGCGUCCACGUGGACGGCGUGAUGCUCGUCGUCGCGCCUGUGGAGGCGUUCCUCCUGACCGGCGUCGCUAACGGUAACAAACCUAACCUACCGAUAAUCGACUCUUCGAAGCUACCACCCGGUAAACCGGAAGUCGACCCCAAACCGUCACUGGCGCCCAAGUCAGCACACAGGUUUUCUGGUUCACGUCUGGCGAAUCUGCUGUUCUCGCUGUUGCACCAUGUUCGCCAAGAAUGAAGAGGUCGAACCUUCACGCGAACACUUUACGUGACAUAUUAUCAUUUCUUCUUUCUUUUUUUUUUCCUUUUUCUUUUUGACGAUCAUAUAUUGUCUCUUCACUUCACCAACUUCUAUCUUUUCUUCAUCAAGACAAUCAACUGAUAUUAAUUUUCAUUAACUUCGACGCAAUAUUUAUUUUUAAUAUAUAACUCGCUUGUAACAAAUUGUGGGCAGAUUUUGUUUCCUUUUUUUUUGGAGAAAAAAGUAGAAAGUAUCGCAAGUUGAAUUGACGUCGCAUAAGUUAGUGAAACGGUGCAAGGGUGUUGGACGAUUCUUCGAUUGCUUGCUGUAACUACCGCGAACAAUUGUACGCCUAAGUAAAUACACGAUAUACGAUAUUCUUAUCGAAAUGAAAUUUAUUUGAUUAAAAAUUAAAAUACAUUCUUUCACGAGUUCUUCUUUUUUUCUUUUUCUUUUUUU